AUGGCGACAGAGAGCCGGACAGAGAUGGAGAAGCUGCUGGGAGGAGCUCAGGUGAGACAGGAAGUGAUUCAAGCUGCAGAUGUGCAGGAUGCAGCAGAAGAAGCUGAAACUCAGGCUGAUCUGCCCGACGACAGCGAGCAGCUCGGAGAUCCUCAGAGAGACGAACAUGUGGGAAACUCUACAGCUACAGUGAAGGUGGUUCUGGUUCCUGGUCAUGUGAUGACCGUGGCGUUCGCCAUCGGUCUCAGCGUUCAGGAGAUGAAGCGUCACCUCGCCUCAGAGCUCAGAGUUCCUGCCGAGGUUCUGCAGGUCUCUCUGGACGGCAGGAUGGUGGAGGAGCAGCAGAGCCUGAUGGAGCUCGGCGUUCGGCCUCACGGCUCCAUCCUGAGCUCCACCGACCCGAACCUCCACCCGCUGCGUCCCCUUCGCCCCCCCGACCACGACAACAUGCCCGAUGUCAUCACCGUCAGAGUUCACACAGAAGACGGAGCGUUCCAGGAAGUCGUGGUGGAGAUCGAGCGUCCGCCGCAGCAGAAAGCCUUUCUGGGCGGAUACAGACACCUGCUGACGGGGGCGCAGUACCACAACGCCGCCGUGCAGACGCUGCCCAACACGAGACCUGACAGAGGAGUCAUCGCCUUCAGCCGCGACACACAGUGGAGGCUGGAGGAGGAGCAGCGGAUCAACUCCUCCCUGAGAGGAGCUGAGAGGAAGGCGGCUCUCUACUCGCUGCUGGAACAGGAGACGCAGCUCAUCGCCGCCAUCGGAUGUCAUCGCAUCGCCGUCAACAACAACAACUACGACACAACUGUCAGGAGGUUCCUGGAGAAGUCUGCAGCUCCUCACCAGUGGCGAGCAGCAGACGGUGGGAUGAUACAGAUGGACAGUCAGCACACCAUCAGAGCCAGAGAGCUGAAAGACAUUUAUAACAACAUCACAACAAGCUCAGUGAGCCAUGAACAGAGACUCCAAAUCCUGAUGACACUCAAACACACCGUCAAGGAGCACGAGUGUCAGCUGACCCGGGAUGUGGUGGAUUUGAUCGACAGGGAAGUGGACCUGUUGACUCGCGGUGUUAAAGCCUCCAGUCUGGAAGGGCUGAGGAAGAGGAUCUCCACUCUCUUCCUCCAGUACAUCAAAAUACCGGCAUUUAACCCCGAGGUGGCCAAGCUGCUGCAGGUUCCUCAGAAUCCGUCCCAGCUGAAGAACAACAUGUUCCUCUGCCCGAGCUGCCAUCGCUACCUCCGCUCCGCUGACUUCAGCUCUUCGGCCAGCGCCCGUCUGAGCGGUCCGUGUCUGGACUGCACCAGACUGGACAACAUCGCCCGUUCCCGUAACGACUUCUCCUGCUACAAGAACAUCCUGAAGAGGCUGAGAGCCGACGAGCAGCGCCUCAACCCGGAGGCCAAGAUCCCCUUCCUGCUGCAGGUGGAGGAUGUGCAGUACCUGGUGGAGGUGGUCUGGGCUUCCCGCUCAGCGCUCCACGCCGGCAGCGAUCUCUACAACCUGGUGUUUGUCCGCUGGGAGUGUCAGAGAGACUGGAGCCCCUGGAACUGCUUCCUGCUGUCCAAAGAGGAGACGACAGCUCACGUGGAAGUGGAAGACGUCCACAAGACGUACGAGGCGGCGUUCAUCCGCAGGAUCGAACACAUGCACACGUUGGCUCGGCGCCACUUCAGCCAGAUCCCCAUCAUGGCCGAGUACCUGGACUCUGCUGCCCUGGGCAACCAGCCCAUCUCCAAGCCCAUCGCCAUGGCGACAAGCAGGCAGACCACCGACACGCCAUCGUCCUCGGCUCGUUAG